AUGGAGUACGAGUACCAGUACAGCGGCGGCGGCGGCGACGGCGGCAGCUUGAGCAAGGAGAAGAGGCCUCCGGCGAAGAGGGGCCAGGUCAAGCUCCAGAUGGUGAGGGCGCUGAGCAACCUCGUGUCUCCCAGCGGCGCUGUUGACGGCUCGAAGCAAGCCAAUCGCAACAGCUUCAGAAGGGAAAUAAGCUAG